CAAUCCUUCGCUUCGUCAUCGAGCAUUGACCGGCUCUCUUCCCCAAUUCUCCAACAGUCGGCCUACCCGAAAGAAGACACGAGUCGACUCCGCAUGAAAUUCCCAUAAAAUAAAGAUAUAAUCUCGUUCAAACUACAAACAAAGGUCGACAGAGCUUCAGAACUAGCAUGGCUACACCCGACUUCCGCAAAAUCGGCUUUAUUGGCCUUGGGGCCAUGGGAAAGCACAUGGUCGAGCACCUAGCCAACAAGCUUCCUGACGAGAGUCGCAUCUAUAUAUACGACGUUUCCAGCCCUCCAAUCGAAGAGCUAGCCAGAAGAUAUCCAAGGAAGGUCAUUCCCAGCACAUCGUCCCAGGAUGUUGCAGAGAACGCGACAGUCAUCCUCUCCAUGGUCCCCGAAGGCAAACACGUCGAAGCCGUCUACCUCAACCCAGAAACCGGCAUCGCAGCCACAGCCCCGGAAUCCCUACGCAACAAGCUCCUCAUCGACUGCUCAACAAUCGACAUCGCCACCAGCCUCGCCGUCAAAGCCCACAUAACAACGCACCACCCAACAACCACCUUCUACGACGCCCCAGUCAGCGGAGGCACCCUAGGCGCCAAAGCCGGCACAAUCGCGUUCUUCCUCGGCUGCGCAAAAACAGACCCAAACCUACCGCGCAUAGCCGAGUUACUCCGCCUCAUGGGCUCCAAGGUUAUCCCCUGCGGGGGCGCAACAUCCGGUCUAUCCGCGAAACUAUGCAACAACUACCUAUCAGGCCUUAUCGCAAUCGCCAGCUCAGAGGCCCUGAAUAUGGGCAUCCGGGCGGGCCUUGACCCGCGCGUGCUCAGCGAUGUUAUAUCCGCGGGUACUGCAGCGAAUGCCAUCUGUGCGGACUAUAACCCGUGUCCUGGGGUUGUGGACAAGGCGCCCUCGAGUAGAGGGUAUGAGGGCGGGUUUAAGGUGCAGCUGAUGAAGAAGGACUUUGGGCUUGCGGUGGAGUUGGCGAGGGGGGUUGGGGCGAGGCUGGUGCUUGCGGAUGUUGGGCUGGAGACUUAUGAGGCUGCGGCGGGGGAUCCGGAGUGUAGAGAUCGGGACUCGAGGGUUGUGUACAGGUUUCUUGGGGGGGAUGAGGGGUGGAGAGAGAGGUUUACGUAG